CUGAAAAUAGGCAGAAGAGGUUAUUUGCAGAAGUUGCUAAUGAUCAUCAAUGGUUGAAUGGCAUGAGUACCCAGGCUGGCCUAUUAGCUGCUAAGCAAAAUUUUUUGCCAGAUGGGAAAUCUGCAGCUAAAAUAUUUGCACCCUAUUCAAUUUACAAGGGGAAGGCUGCACUUUCUGCCUCCCCUAUUCUUCCGAGAUUUAGUAAAUUGGAAGCAGUACCUUUGCUGAGAUCUUUUUUGUCCCCGACAAUAUCUUUAGUUUUACAGAGUUGGAUGCUUAUUAUAUGCUUUCUUUAUUUUUUGUAGUCUGGAGGUUUCAGAGUUGAUCGCCGUGGUGUCAUUUUUUUUGACGUUCUGGCCUGCUAUUGGUGAGCGCAAGUAUGAUUGGGAUAAGAGACAGACCUUUGCUUUGUGGCCACGGAGAUUGGAUCCCUAAUUAGUUUGGGUCCAAAAGAUUCCUGUGAAUUCUUCCAUGACCCAUCGAUGCUGUCAAGUAAUGCAGGUCAAGUUAGGAAGAGCUUAUCAAUUAAGGUACAUGACAACGGUGGUGGCUACUUCAUUUCUCUAAAUGUUGUCAACAAUAUCCUCAAAACUAAUGAUCGGUUUGUUGUCCUUGUCCCUACUGCUGAAUUUGCAGUCAUGCGAACAGCUUUUAACUUUGCAUUGCCUCACAUCAUGGGAUGGGACCAGUACACCAAUCAGCCUCCUAAAAGCAUCGAUGAGAAUAGACCAGAGUUUGCUUCAGAGUUUAUGGCGAUUGAGCGGGAUAGAUGAAGUUCUGUUAUGUGUCUGUCAUCUCCAGUAAGACAACCAUGCUGUGUUUUUACCAAUUAAUGAACUUGCUGUUUUGGCCGCAAAUUAAUUGUCUUUUAGGCUAUGUAAUUGUUCUUGAUUUUGAAAAUGCUCACAAACUUGUGUCAAAAUGCUUGAUGAGUCCUUCACUACACCCAUGAUGGUUGUCACUACACCCAUGAUGGUUGUCGUUCAAGUACAUUGUUUGCUGUCACUUAAGAAUGGAGUUGGGCACCGUGUGUUAUUCUGUGCGCAAUAUAUGUAAUGUCGUUUUUACUA